ACGCAUAUACUGUAAUUUGUUCCAUGUCAAUUUUACUUCCUAAUAAAUAAAAAAACAUGGAGCAGAAUGAAGACUAUACUGUGUAAUCAGGAGUAAUUGGGUUUUAUAAUUACAGUUUCAGGAUAACCAAAACAUUUGACUUCUGUUUUUUGAAAAUAUUUUUUUUCAUGCAAGACAGAGGAGAGCAUUAGCUAAAACAGUAGGUUGGACUCAAACCCAUGCUGAAAUUUUUCAAAACAAUUAUAAAACAUUUGUAAUACUGAUUACAAUUCAAACGGCGUUACUCCAUGUGAAUAUGUCCUACAUCCUUUACUUCCCUUUUACUGUCUUCCAGGGAAGAUCUGGCUGAUCGUCAUGAUCUCACUGAGGGUCUUGGUGCUGCUGUUUGCUGGGUACCCUCUGUACCAGGACGAGCAGGAGCGUUUUGUCUGCAACACAAUCCAGCCUGGCUGUGCCAACGUCUGCUACGACAUCUUCGCUCCCGUCUCUCUGUUCCGGUUCUAUCUGGUUCAGCUCGUCCUCCUCUGCCUCCCGUUCUCCGUCUUCGUUGCCUAUGUCGUCCACGAGGUGACGACGCACCUCGCUAUCGAUACUACUCACAACUCAGUCGGGGCUGGACUGCUCUACCGUGAGUCGUUCAGGAAGACGACCCUGACCGCGACCUCUCUCGAGCCGGAGCUCGGCGAUACUCAGCGUUUUACGGGAUCGUACGUUCUGCACCUGUUGCUCAGGAUCCUGCUGGAGGCCGGGUUUGCCGCGGCCCACUACUACCUGUUUGGGUUCUACAUCCCCAGGAGGUUCCUGUGUCAGCAGUCACCCUGCACAACCCAGGUAGACUGCUACAUCUCGAGACCCACGGAGAAGACCGUCAUGCUGAACUUCAUGUUUGGGGCGGGUGCCGUGUCGUCACUACUCAACGUGGCAGACCUCAUUUGCGCCAUCAAGAGCGCGGCGAGAAAGAAGACCAAAGAAAACCUGCUGGAGGACAAGGCGUACAAAGAGGAGCAGUACUGUCUGUCGCCCAGCGGGGGGAGCACAUGCAUGGAGGCCAACCUCCCUCUACUCCCCCGGGUCCUGGGGGCGGAACCUGGAUCCUUCCGCAAGAGAGACGUUAGUAAGCCCAAUGUUGUGGGCCGCCCGGGGGACGGACGGAGCCCUUUGACCCCUUGCUGUGACUCUAGUUUCUCCCCGGGGCCUCCGGGCUUCAACGUUAAUGACGGAAACCUCUAUCACGCGCCGCUGGAGGAGGGACAAGACGGGGAAGGUAGCGAGGUGGCUCUGUGCCCUCCGGAGCCCCCGGGGACACCCAGGUCCAUACUGGUUAACAAACGCAACCGCCUCAAGCCGCCCCCGCCACCCCCCCGACGGGUCCUGUGCUCCCUCGAUGCGGCCGCCGCUUCACGAGCAUCAGUGUGCACCAGAAAAGUGGGCCAAUACACCGUGGUGGAGAUGACAGCCUCAGACCAGCAGUCCAACACCGAGGAGAGCCAAGAUAAGAGGUCUGAGUGGGUAUGACGGGACCGGGUUGACCACAGGGCUGGAGCUCUCCGGGGACACAUUUCUGUAUUUCCAGAUGGAAAGUUCCGGAUCAAGCCCACCUGUCUCUGAGGUGGUGUCGUGGACGGCUGUGGAGAGUUAUUCUUGUGUGCCUAACACAGAAGCAACUGUAACAGGAGUGAAAUACUACACAGUGCUGUAACACUUCCAAGUUCAUUCUUAUUCUGAGGCAGCAGUUUCACACCAGGAUAGUUAAAUGACAUGUGAUUCUGUCACUCACGUAUUAGACAACAU